AUGGCAAACACGAUGGUCAUCCAGCAGCCCAAGCCCUUUGUUCAGGCCAUUACCUCAAACCAAUGGAGCUCCGAAAUCUGUGACUGCACCAAGGAUAUGUCUUCGUGUUGCUUAGCUUUCUGGUGCUUCCCCUGCUUUGCCUGUAUAACGGCGAGGGAGGCUGGGGAGUGCCUAUGUCUGCCCCUGCUAGACGGCUUCGGCCUUAUCCCCCCCGCCACCAUGUCCCUGAGGGUGGGGAUCCGCCAGCGCUACGGCAUUGAGGGCACCAUGUGUAAUGACUGUGUCUAUUCCUUCUUCUGCGGGCCCUGCACCUGGUGUCAAAUGUCAAGAGAGAUGAAGACCCGCCUCCAACCAGUCACUCUCAUCAACCCACAUGUAAGAUAAGGACAGACCUCGUUCUUCCUCAUCCUCUUCUUCGUCAUCAUGCACCAUCAUCAUCAUAUAUCCCUCCGCUUCAUCCUCUUCCUCCUCCACCUUCAUCAUAGUCAUUAGACUAAUAAUAAUCAACAUCAUCAUCAUUAGACUCGUGUUAAUGGAAUAGUAACAAUACCAAGCCUUCACUUUCUACUACAGGAAGCUGCUGAUUCGAGGACGGCUCAUAAUAAAGUCCGGAAUGGAGCAAAUGGUGUAUUUAAUACCAUCCCAUUAAUUACGCUCCAGGCAUUACUACGGGCCCGUCCUCCACAAUUAAAGGGCCACCAAUCUCCUGUGCUUUCUAUCCUCUGUUGACUCUUCUAUCACCGAUCACUGUCACCAAACUCAUCACCAUUGAACGUCACACACGUGUACACCUGUACUGUGAGCCACCCAAAACUGUUCUCCAUUCAGUUUCAAGCAGGUCUGCAAUAGUGUCCUGUUCUUAGGUUGUUCACGUUCACUUCCACCCUGCUGACAGCUGAAAUAGUUUACUCUGUAUCUGUA